CAUUGGUGCCUGCUUGCUUGCUCGCUCUCUGAUCAUCGAAACGAUCCUCUGCUCUUAUGUUUGGAUGCUGAAAAUCUCCGAAAAGCGGUGAAACUCGGCGUUUCUCGCGGCUUUCGUGCUGAUUUCGUUUCUGUGGCCUCCAGAAUUCGCCGUCACCCCAUCCCAUCCGUCGUUUUCGCCUUUCAUGAGUGACCUCUGAUACCUCAGAUUUCAUUUCCUGUCAGUUCGUUCCAUAUCCACCACAGUUUCACUUUCUAUUGUGACGAAAAUCUAUCCUCUGGGAACUAAAUUUUGUCGAUUUCUCAUCUUCGAGCGAAGCACCAAGUCUCUGCGGCUUUGUUUAUUGGUGUUGAUGUCUGAGAAUUCCUAGAACCGAAUCCGUGCUUGCAGCUGCAAGUUUCAGCGGGAGGUUUCUGAUUGAGAUGGCGGAUUACACUGAUUUUGACCUUCGAUUCGGUUUAUCAUCAGUUGUUGAAAAUCAUAUGAAGUUCGGCGCCAUUGAUCUUAUUCUGUGUGCCGAGAUUUGACCAUUUUCAACUAUGAUCUGUUCUGUCCUUUCUUUGUGGUGAGGUGGUGUCCGCCUUUUCCCCUUUCUGGUCUGCCAUUUCUAGUGAUGUGAUCCAUGUGCAUCAGAGGAAGCUUUCCAAUGUAGCCACUUAUCUUUGAUAUUUCAUCUGCUUCACUGCCGUAUCUGCUCAGAUGUAAGAUAUGCAGACUCGGAUUAACUCUUAAAAGAGUUGAUAUGGUUUACUUCUGUGCAAACAUCUCUGAACUCCAGUUAUUUGAGUUAGGCGUCUGCUUGAGAGAUAAGCUCUCCGCUGUCGCCUUCUCUGCUGCCAGUGAAGUGAUCUGCCACUUCUCCUCACCCUUCCACGUUCCCUGAUCUGGACAUAUCUGUAAAUAACAAGAUGGCAGCUGCUGCCUUUAGAGGGCCUCUGAAUGGUGAGUAUCGUGGGAGUAAUGGAAUGGACAGCAAGCCCUCUGCUAGAAGGCGAGUUUUUGUGCAAACUGAAACUGGCUGUGUUAUGGGUAUAGAGUUGGAAAGGAGUGACAAUGCUCACACUGUGAAAAGGAGAUUGCAGCUUGCUCUCAACGUUCCAACUGAUGAGUGCUCAUUGCUGUAUGGAGAUAUGAUUUUAAAGAAUGAUUUAAGCACAGUUAGAAAUGAUUCUCCUCUUCUUCUUGCACGGAAUUUAAUGCACAGAAGCUCUUCCACUCCGUGUCUCUCACCCACAGGGAAAGAUCUUCAGCAGAGGGAUCGGAGCGGUCCAAUCGAAAUAUUAAGUUGUCCAACUCCAUCUGCAUGGUCAAAACAAUUGAUCAAAGAAAUCGUAAAGGCUAUGAAGAAUGGAAUUGAUCCGGUUCCUGUUCAUGGUGGUCUAGGAGGUGCAUAUUAUUUUAGGAAUUGCCACGGAGAAAAUGCUGCAAUUGUGAAGCCAACUGAUGAGGAGCCUUAUGCUCCCAAUAACCCUAAAGGUUUUGUCGGUAAAGCUCUUGGGCAACCAGGAUUGAAACGUUCAGUGCGUGUUGGGGAGACUGGUUAUAGAGAAGUCGCAGCCUACCUCCUUGACUUUGACCAUUUUGCCAACGUGCCCUUUACUGCCAUUGUGAAGGUGUCUCACUCGAUUUUUAAUGUCAAUGAUGGGGUGAAAGGGGGCAAGAAUCCUCUGAGUAGUAGACAGGUUAGCAAGAUUGCUUCGUUGCAGCAGUUCAUCCCUCAUGAUUGUGAUGCUAGUGAUCAUGGGACAUCGAGCUUUCCUGUUUCUGAUGUGCACAGGAUUGGGAUUUUAGAUAUUCGGAUUCUGAACACAGACAGACAUGCAGGGAACCUUCUAGUGAGGAAGCCCGAUGGGGCUGGGAACUUUUCACAGGUAGAACUUGUUCCUAUCGACCAUGGCCUUUGCCUCCCGGAAAGCUUGGAGGACCCAUAUUUUGAGUGGAUCCACUGGCCACAGGCAUCAAUCCCUUUCUCAGAAGAUGAGCUGAGGUAUAUAGAGAAUCUCGACCCCAUUCGAGACUCUGAAAUGCUCAGGAUGGAGCUUCCCAUGAUACGGGAGGCUUGCAUUCGUGUCUUAGUCAUUUGCACGAUUUUCUUGAAGGAAGCAGCAUCCUUUGGGCUCUGUCUUGCUGAGAUUGGUGAGAUGAUAAGUAGAGAGUUUCGGGGCCAUGAUGAGAAGCCAAGUGAGCUCGAGUUUAUAUGCAUUGAGGCGAGGAUGCUAUUAGACAAGAGAGAAACAGCAGUGAGUGAGGAGGUUGCGUCAGAAGAGAAUGAGCAGUUUCAGUUCGAGGUGGACUCUGAGGAUGAUUAUAAUUCAGACUGGACUGCUCACGUAGAGAAGCUGGCAAGCGGAAACUCAUGGUUCAGGUCAAAAUGCGGAAAUGGCCGAAAUCCACUAUCCAAGCUAGAGGAGAGUGUCGAUGAGGCAGAAGAGGAAGCUGAGAGUGAGAAGGAUGAGAGAGAUUCAGGGGGAAAUGAUUUCGCUGAAAGUACAAACCAGGAACCCACUGUGCAGAAGCUGUCAAAGUGGGUGAAAGGUGCCCAACUCGAAGAGAAAAGUUGGCAGCUUGGCGGAGUAUCACAGAAAGGCAGCCAUUCAUCUGGUGCUUCAUCUGGAAAUAGGAGCGUCAAUGAGCAGGUUUCUGCAAAUACCAGUUUCGUGAAAUUUGGCGACAUGAACGAACCGGACUGGGCUCAGUACCUGGAGAACUUUCAGAAGUUGCUGCAUCAUGCCUUUUCUAAUCGUAAACCUGCGAGUGUUGGUCAGAGGCAGAGGCAGAGGCUCGGGACCUCCUGCCAAUUCUGAAGGACAUUAAUCCUAAACCCGAUGGUAAUGAAAGACAUAUGGCUUAACUACUGUUUUAUGUUUUCCGUUGUCUCUGUCUUUGCUGUGUCGAUAAGAAUAAGAAUAAGAUUGGUACCACGAAAAGAUGAGAGCAAGAAGAAAUAUUCGUAGAGAUAUGCAAAUUAAGUGAGGUUUCCUGUUAUACAUACCUCAUCUGUUUAUUGUGCUCUUGUUUAAAACGCUCGGGGACAAUUUAACAGUACGAGUUGAAUCGUAAUGCGUGUUCUUUCUUUAGCUCA